AUGGAAACAGAAACACCGACACUUCAAGAUGCCUUUGAGGCUCAAAUGGCUGAGACAUAUUGCAAAGACCCUCCAAACCAGGGAGAUCUUUGGGAUCCAAUUUUGUAUGUCUGGCGCAGUCCCGACUCAGGUCUCGUCAAGGCAACACAUCUAUUUCCCAGACGACAAGCAAGAUUCAUGAACUCCAUCUUUGGAAGCGGUGCUAUCGAUGAUUUGUUUGCACCCUGCAACGGUUUGUUUUUGUAUCCAGCCAUCGAAGAAGCCCUCCACAGCGGCUACUUAUCCAUCGUUCCCGACGUGGAACUCGACGAUAUGGAACCAUGGUGGGAUAAAUCUGAUGUCCCCCCGUCUAUGACAAUUCCGGAAUGGGAGAAACGAGAGGUUAAAAAUUACAAGGUGAUUGUUCUCGACAAAAGGAGUCCAGGAAUUCGUCAGCUAUUCGCCAACUAUAAAGAUGAUAUUGCCCAUGACUGGUGGUAUCUUGAUGGACGGAAACUUCUCUUCAGAUCCGACCACCGACCUCGUGAACUUUAUAUCUGGUGGACAUAUCUCAAUACCAUACUUCAUGCAGAUUGGAGGAUUGAGGAUUGCUGCGAUAUGGGAAAAGGGGAGUUUCAUAAAGUUUUUCGGCGAGCAACACAAUAUUGGAAACCAUAUGGAAAUUACGCCAAGAAAUCUCAAAUUAUGGGUUUCAUCCAGAAGAUAAGCAAUGAUAGUGUCGAGGACUUUUUGUGCAAAGGUUUUGUGAAAGAUGAUGACACAGAAGAUGCUAGACCAGAAGCGGCGGAAGCCCUGCUCUUGGAGAUUAUCGCACGGUCAGAGGAGGAUGGAGAGGAUGAUUUCGAUACGGAUGAAGACGAUGUGAAGGUUUGGGUACGGACUGACAGAGAAUUAGCGUAUUGGAUUUCCUCUCCUCGGUGGCCAGAGACAAUAUAA